UUCUUGAUAGGGUACCCUGUUUAGCAAAACUCGAGAGUCCCUGGAUUCAAUCACAAAAAUCAAUUUCAAAAUGGCGGUAUUUUCGAGAGGAACGCGGCAUAUUUCUUCUCUUUUACCACAAAAACACAUCCACUGCGGCUUCUACUUCUUUUCAACACAGGUUUAUCCUAGCUCAAGGUUCAAGAGUAUACAAAUCCCUAGGAAGAGCAUUGUUUGUUCCAGUUUUUGUACUACUGAUACAAUCGGCUUGAACUCAACGUCAGUCUGGAAGGAGUUGAAUCUGGUCGUGUCGUCUUUACGUGUUGAUCGAGUUGCGGCGUCAGGAUUCGGACUUGGCCGAAGGAAACUGGAGGGGCGGUUGCUCGCUGGCAAGCUUUAUCUUAACAGGAAAACAGUAACAAAAGGUUCUCAACAAGUAGCAAGUGGAGAUGUAAUUGAACUUUUGUCAAGGCAAAAUCUUACAGCCGAAAUGGGGGAACCAGAGUCAGAUAUGUUGUUAUUUUCCAGUGGUUGCCGUGGUGCUGUACAAAUGAUGACAAAAGUGACACCGCCUUGACCCACGUGUUUACUGCAUGGGCUUUCUGUGGUUGCCGUGGUGCUGUACAAAUGAUGACAAAAGUGACACCGCCUUGACCACGUGUUUACUACAUGGGCUUCCUGUAUUCGCCGUGAUGCUGUUCAAGUGAUGAUAAAACUGAUAUCUUCUUGACCACGUGUUUACUACAUGGGCUUUCUGUGGUCGCCGUGAUGCUGUUAAAGUGACGAUAAAAGUGACAUCUCCUUGACCACGUGUUUCCUACAUGGGCUUCCUGUGCUCGUCGUGCUAAAGUGAGGAUAAAAGGGACAUCUCCUUAACCAUGUCUGUACUGCAUGGGCUUUCUGUGUUCGCCGUGAUGCUGCUAAAUUGAGGAUAAAAGGGACAUCUCCUUGGCCAUGUAUUUAAUGCAUGGGCUUACUGUGGUUGCCGCGAUACUGUUCAAGUGAUGAUAACCCCGUGUGACAUGUCGUUGACAGCUGGCCCGCGGGACGCCACAACACCGCCCUGUAUCUCUCUGUUUAUGGGCACUUUCCGGAUGUGAUCAAAUGUCCCAAAUUAUCGUCAACAAACCCGCGCUGCAUACAAACACCAGGACCGCAUCUCUUGUGCAUCGUCUCAUCUAAUGUGCCUUGACCGUCUAGUCACAAACACAUCCGCACCAUUUCAGCUGUAAGUAAGUACUUGUGCGGUUGGCUGUAAUAUCUGUAGAGGAAUCAAGAAAAAUUGGACCCCUUGAAAUCCCCGAAAUUUGGCAUUUGCCAGGGUUUUUAUUUCUGAUGUGCAGGAUCUGCUUGCGAGCUUAAUUCUUCUGCGGACGCCAAAUACGACAAUUCAAGGCUAUAUUCAGUCAUUAUGGACGGGAAGACCACUACUGGGAUCGCAACGGUGUUCCUAAUCCUCGCCAUCCUUCUGUACGAAGAUCUGAUGACAAGACGCUUCAGGGGUCUUGAAGAUCGUAUUGGGAGGUUGGAAUCGACAGUUAGCGACCUCCAGCUGUUGCAAAGAAGGAAUGGUCGGUUCUUCAGUGAUAUAAAUACCCGUGUCUUAAGUAAUCUUAUUAUGCUUCGGAUUCAAAGACCAAGAAACUCUCAAAGUCAUAGGCGUCAACGUCGCAGUCCAUCUAACGAAAGCAACAGCACAAUCUCCCUUGCGACGAGCCUAGCCGAGGAGAUAGCAAAACAUCUCAGCCCAGCCGUCAUUAGACUAUGCAUGGGCGGAUCCCUAACGUGUCCCCCAGGCCCGCGCGGUCCACCAGGGAGACCUGGGCACCCAGGCCAAAAGGGGACCCGAGGACGCCGCGGCCAAAGAGGAAGACGUGGCAACCCAGGGUCACCAGGACCCAAGGGAACGCCGGGAAAGGAUGGGAGACGGGGAGCAGUGGGCUCGAAAGGAAUGAAAGGACAAAAAGGGGAAAAGGGGGAACGAGGAAUUGGAGUUCGUGGAGAGAAAGGAGCACCGGGGGAUACACUCUCCGCGCCGAAUGCCAUUGUCUCACCAGCACUGAUUACAAUUAACGCGUCCGAUACUGCCGUGUUCCACUGUGCGGCGAGUGGUGUCCCGAAACCCGUGCUCAUCUGGAGUAAAGUCGACGGUGCGCCAUUAAUGGAAAGCUCGUACAAGAUGCUUGGAAAUGGGAGACUGGUAUUGGAGAAUACGACGCUUGAGGACGCGGGAUUGUACGAAUGCAAAGCUAUUAAUCUUCUUGGGGAGUCAAGUGCUACGAUGCGGCUAGUAGUCACUGUGCCUCCUAGUGUAUCCAUUGAUAUCGGGCCUACAUACGUCCAGGAAGGCGACAACGUCAUGCUUCCCAAAUGUCAUGUGACCGGCUUUCCUCUACCGGAAAUAAACUGGACCAGGUCCGCUGGACAAUUGCCACGCAGGCGCGUCAUGACAAGUGGAGGACAGCUAAGCAUCCUGGCGGCCAGAGCCAACGACUCGGGAGAUUAUUUCUGUAGCGCCCGUAAUCAUAUAGGGUCAACAAUUGCCAGGACACAGCUUGUGGUAUUUGCUUUACCAAGGUUUAUUAUAUCUCCACCGAAAUCCCUAAAAGCUGAAGUCGGGAGUGACGUCAUCUUGCCCUGUAAAGCGUACGGGAGCCCGCCGCCAUUGGUGAUCACGUGGCAUCGACAUGGGAAAUCCAUCCCCCAAGAAAGGUCAGGGGUCAUUGACGGAGUGCUACGUCUUAUCGACGUUACGACAGCAGAUUCUGGGGUCUAUGUUUGUACUGCCACCAGCUCGGGGAUAUUUGACGCCCAGGCCAUGACACGACUUGAGGUGUUAGAAAAUACUGCUGCUUCUGCUAAUGCUGCUCCUGCUAAACAGGAUGGCAGGAGUUUAACAAAUUCUACACAUGCAAAACUUGAUAUGAAAAAUGGCUUUGAAGGAAAAGUAUCAGAAAAGGGAAAGAUGACACUGAAGCUAGAUGACAAGACAUCUUCUAAAAAUGGGAGACCUUUGAAUAUCCUCUCGGGAAACUCUACAUGGAAGAGAAACAAUGCAAGUGUAAUGAGCGAGAUAAACAAACCAGCGCCUGUGGAGAAUCAAGGAAGUAAUAUUGAAAUAGGAAAAUUAGUCACACCCACAAGAAAUUUGAGCGGAAUGCCAAUGUCUAGAUCACCCAAUUACGGUAAUAAUGCGAAUGUAAAAGAUAAUUUAAAACAAAAAAGCAAUAACACGAGUGCCGGUGAUCCAGAGAAUGGGAAAAGUGUGAAAAUAACUGAGUCAACUAAGAUUAUGGAAAAAGGAGACAUAUCAGCUUUGGAGAAGCUUAUGAGAAGAAAAGAGGGAAUAGAAAAACCAACUAAGUCUACGAAAAUUUCAAAUAUAACAGAGAUACCGGUCAAGAAAGAUAGGGUAUUGGGUAAGAUACGGGCUACAGAGAAACCAGAUAAUGGAAAAAUAGAAAUGAGAUAUGUUUAUAAGCCUACGAACAGUAGAAAUAGGGGAGAAAUACCUAUUACAGCGAAAGCAGAAAAUGGAAAAGCUGUAAAUGGCAAAUCAGUCGAGCCCACAAAGAAGAUGACGAAAAAGCCAGUAAAGCAAAAAGUGGAAAAAAGAAAAAUGGGAAUCGAAAGAAUGGAAACAGGAAAAAGAAAUGCUGAAUUCGAUAAAAGAAAGGACAAAAUAUCCGCAAAGAAAUCUGUUGGGUUACUGAACAUUGCGUUUCCAAUUAAGAAACAGGAAAAUAAGAAAUCAGGAAACUUGUCAGGUAUUGUAAUAGGACAUGGUUAUUUGAAGUCAAAGAGUAUAAAGUCUGGCAAGCCAGGCAUGAUGAAAAUGUUGCCUACCAAGAAACGGAAAGGCUAUAAGGGUGGUGUUGGAAAACUUGACAGAUUUUCUAAUCUGGGCGGAGUGCGUAAAAUUGAUUCUACCGUGAACCCAUUGAUUGAAGAGAUAGAAAACUAUAAAGGACUGGAGGAUUUCGAUAAAGAGUCGAAUUGAGAUGUUUUAUUUGGUUUUCACAAUGCUGAAUGGUUUAGUUGGUCUCUUUCAUACGAUUUUCAGAAUUGUGGCGAGGGUCAUCUACUCUCCCGCCGCGCCGUUUUCGAUUGUAUAAUUUGCGAAACCUCUUGUGUAUACAGGUACAGUAAUACGAACAGCAAAAUCGUACAACUUUUGUGGCAGCAUUGCUUCAAAAAAGUUUGUAACUGUCGUUGCGCGUUUUACUACCGGCCGCGCCACUUCAUGUCGCAGCAAAUAUUUUGUUGCAAGUUGAAGAAAUUUGCUGUUUAAAGUAGAAAAUGGUUCUACUUUUUGCAACAAAACUCGGAGAUGUAGCCUGUAUUACCACGUCAACCCAACUUGUCGCCAAGCAUACGCAAGUAGUUGCAAUAAGGUUUGUGAUCGGUUUUACGAAAGUCACACAUCAGAGUCACGGAGGAAAAAGGAUGCCGGAUCAACAGCAAGAACAAGUCUUUCUUUUGCUGCGACAAAAGUAAAUGCGCCGCUAGAAAAACGCGCAACAUCACCUUCAAACUUUUUUGGCAAAUGCUUCCACAAAAGUUGUACGAUUUUGCUGCUCGUAUUACCGUACCUUAAGCCUCUGUCUUCCUUUAAAGGCUCCGAAAGAUUCCAGUUAUCCCAGAGUUGCAAUCGCUAUCCCUGUCGCCAAUUUGUUGAGAUUCAGGUUAGUGGAUUGAACGUUCGGUACGCAAGGCUCUAAAAUAUGCGACACUGUAUAAUUAUGUAACAACACGGUCAUUGUACAAAACAGAACACAAGACCUUCUACAAAUGGACUGUUUCUUAGAUAAUGUGGUCCGACCAAAGUUUACUGCCCAAUAUUAACCUCCGAGCUUGAUAAAGAAACAAGCUAAACGUUGUGAGGCGAUCGAUUGUUAUCCAAUUCUGAGCUGCCAAAGCCUCGCUUUCGCGCUCGAAAACACCACACUUUUCAUAUCAUCUAGAAAACAACUCAUUACGCUGUAAAUAUACAAAAAAUGAAUAAAGAAUGCCUUAAACAAUAUAUAACUUACGCUGCAGUAAAAGAAAUAGCAAAGAAAUAAUGCAUCAUUGAAAGCGUAAGCCUCGGUUUACCUAUUUUUUCCAUAAUAUGUUUAAAUAACCAUGUCCACUCAGAUGCGAUAAGCGUGUAACAUUAAAUGGCCACUUCUUGUGAACAGGUUCCUGAACAAUGAGAUCUAAGGCGUCAAGGCAAAUAACCUUUAACCUAUUACUGUUGUCUUUGGUCAAAUAGGUGGUGCGUUUUUAAACUAAAAAUCAUUUUUAAGUGUACUUUGGUUCGAAAAUGCUCAGGCUAAGCCUUAACAUUCUACGCUUAUUUGUGAAUUGUAUUUGAGAGGUACCUAUUUCUAGUACCAGCCCUCUCUUUUGAAGUUUAUGGAAAGAGAGGGGGCGGUCUCCCCUUGUGUCGUGGCACUGGUACCCGCCUUGUGAUGGUAUCUCAAGCAAGAAACUUGGACUAUGAGCGAUCCUAGUGUUGUCUCACAUCGUACCAAAGAGCACGAUUAUUUAAGUUGAAAAGAGAAUUAGCAUUGCGGAUGAAAUUAAAAUUAGAUGCAACUAUGUUAGAUGCACAAACAAUAGAAAUAAAAAAAACAU